AUGACAACGCUCUCUCAGCGACAGAAGGAGGCUUCAACCUUGCCCACCUACCCCGAGUACCGCUCCCUCGUCCCUCCACUCAACGCCAACCUGCACAAGGGCCAAGGAGGCCGCGUGUGCAUCAUCGGCGGUUCUAACGAUUACACUGGCGCGCCAUACUUUAGCGCCAUGUCCUCAUUGCGACUCGGUGCGGAUUUGUGCCAUGUCAUUUGCGACGAGGACGCAGCAACAGCCAUCAAGUCCUACUCUCCUGAUUUGAUCGUCCAUCCUUAUAUCAAGGUCCGUGCCGCCAAUGCAGCUCAGGACAAGAAGGCCGCGAAUGAUAUCUGGGCGCAUACCUUCGAUGACAUCAACUCGCUGUUGAAACGAGCCCAUGUGCUUGUGGUCGGACCAGGUCUUUCGAGGGACAAGGGGAUGCUCCAGUCAGCCAAGCAUGCCAUUGAGGUCGCAAGGGAGCAAGCUAUGCCCAUCGUCAUCGAUGCUGAUGGCCUAUUCCUCAUCCAAAACGACCCCGAAAUCAUUCAAGGUUACAAGAAGGCAGUACUGACACCCAACUUGGUUGAGUUUAGCCGUUUGUGCAACGUCAUGAACGUCGACACAGAGGAUGAAGAGGCCGAGCAGUCGGCUGUCCAACGGCUCUCCCAGGCACUUGGGGGUGCCAUUGUCAUCCAAAAAGGGAAAUCUGAUGUCAUUUCGGAUGGCCAGAAAGUCCAAAUCGUCGAUAACGAAGGUGGGUUAAAACGGUCAGGUGGUCAGGGCGAUAUAUUGACAGGACUUGUAGCGACCUCUUUGGCCUGGGGUCUGGCCUAUGAGAAGGAGGUCUGGCAACACACACAUCCUGUCAAGCAAGAGGAUGUUGCAAUGACGGCCUGUUUUGGCGCUUGCGUGAUCAACCGAGAGUGUUCUCGUCUUGCGUUUGAGAAGCACAAACGAGCCCUACAAUCGUCUGAUGUCCUUGCAGAGAUUGGGCCGUUCUUCCAUCUCUUCUACCAAAAGCCUCGUCAAAAUGCCACUUGGUCCCAAGCCAUCUACGGGUAG